AAUACAUACUCUCAGUUUGACAUUUGUCGUCGUCGGUGGUGGUGAAGUGUGAUUUAUUUUGUUUGUUGCGCGAGAAUUUACCAUCAAAUUUAUAUUUCUAUAAUAAAAAUCGCCACAAAAAUUCUACAAAAAAUUAUUCCACCAAAAGAAUGUCAUCAAAUGAUGGAUAUAAUCGAAAUGAGGAUCCAAAUAAUGGCAUUUCCACAUCGGAUGAUAUUGGCAGCAGCAGAAUGCCUUCAUCCAGCACACGGCUACAACCACAGAUAGUACCCAAUGAGGCUACACACCUGAAGGGUCAAUCCAAGCAGGCAUAUUUCAGUGAUGAAAAAGUUCUCAUACCCGAGACAGAAACGAUUGGUUUCAGUUGGCGCAAAUUAUGGGCGUUCACCGGUCCAGGGUUUCUAAUGUCAAUUGCUUAUCUUGAUCCGGGUAACAUUGAAUCUGAUCUACAGAGUGGUGCUGCAGCAAAAUACAAAAUUCUAUGGGUUCUAUUGUGGGCGACCGUGUUGGGUUUGUUGAUGCAACGCUUGGCUGCAAGAUUGGGUGUUGUAACCGGUCUACAUUUAGCCGAGAUGUGCUAUCGCCAAUACAAAAAAGUGCCGCGUUUUAUAUUAUGGAUAAUGAUUGAAAUCGCUAUCGUUGGCUCCGAUAUGCAGGAGGUUAUAGGCACAGCCAUUGCUAUUUAUUUGCUAUCUAAUAAAGUCAUUCCUUUGUGGGGCGGUGUAUUGAUAACCAUAGUGGACACAUUUACAUUUUUGUUCUUAGAUAAAUAUGGUCUACGCAAACUUGAAUUUCUAUUUGGACUGCUUAUCACCGUCAUGGCUGUGACAUUUGGUUAUGAGUACGUUGUAUCGGCUCCCAAUCAAGGUGAAGUCCUGGAGGGUAUGUUUAUACCAUGGUGUACGGAUUGCAACUCACAAGUUUUGCUGCAGGCAGUAGGCGUAGUGGGUGCUGUUAUUAUGCCACAUAAUCUUUACUUGCAUUCCGCUUUGGUUAAGUCUCGUGAUGUUGAUCGUCGCCAGCCAACCAAAGUGCGUGAAGCCAAUUUUUAUUUUUUCAUUGAAGCCUCUGUGGCUCUAUUCGUUUCCUUUAUUAUCAAUUUGUUUGUUGUGGCCGUAUUUGCCCAUGGUAUGUUUGGUAAAACCAACGCUGAUGUGUUACAAGUCUGCGAAAACCAACCCAUGUAUGAGGAUGCCGUCCAUUCAUUUGGCAAUAACACCGAAAUCAUUGAUGCUGAUUUGUAUAAAGGUGGUCUGUUUUUGGGCUGUACAUUUGGUGCUGCAGCCAUGUACAUAUGGGGUGUUGGUAUUUUGGCAGCCGGUCAAAGUUCCACAAUGACUGGCACCUACGCUGGCCAGUUUUCAAUGGAAGGUUUCCUCAAUCUCCAAUGGCCCAGAUGGCGUCGUGUUCUAUUCACCCGUCUCAUUGCCAUCAUACCCACCUUCUUUUUGGCAUUCUUCAGUCGCAUGGAAGAUCUAACUAAUAUGAAUGAUAUUUUGAAUGCUGUCAUGUCAUUGCAAUUGCCAUUUGCUGCCAUACCAACCAUUGCAUUUACAUCGUGUUCAGCAAUUAUGGGUGAAUUUGUUAAUGGAGUAGGCAAUAAAAUUAUCUCGAUUUUAUUAACUGUAGUUGUUAUAGCUGUUAAUUUAUAUUUUGUUAUAAAUCAAGUUGAAGCUUUAAGUAUUGAAGGAGGCGUUUUAGCUGUAGUGUGUAUAUUUGCCAUUUUAUAUUUAUUAUUUAAUUUAUACCUUGUGAUACAUAUGAUAGCGUGUAUGGGCAAUAAAUGCUUUAUGAAUAAUCGGUGGGUCCAAAAGUGGGUACUUCCAAGUCAGAAUAGUUUCUCAAUAAAGAAUGCCAAUUCCACAUAUGCAAGAAUAUCCACCAAUCCUGAUACCGAGGUUGACAUCAACAACGAAGAGGAUGCGUAGCCAUUACUCGGUGGCACCGCCGAAAUGGAAGAUUGCAGCAGCAGUAACAGCGAUUCAAAUGAUGAAGAUUUUCAAAAUUUCCAUCAAAACCAAUACAGAUGUGAUGUUGAGGUCCAUCCCAUUUUCCAUUCCAGCCAUGGAGAUGACAACGACCACUGCAGCGUUCUUAGCUAACAUCAACUGAAAUUGACACUCAGACAAAUAUUCCAAUCAAAAUUCGUAGAAAGACAUAGUUUUUGUUUUUUUAUUAUUUGAAAAUAUCAUUGUUGUAUAGAAAGAAGAUCUAUGUAGAUCGGAAAUCAUGUUAGGAAUUUUCAUAUACACCAAAGUUAAAAAAAAAAAACAAACACAGACAUACACACACACAGAAACAGCUCUCAUGUAAACAUAGAAUAAAUAAGAGUUAAAUGUUAAUCCUUAAGCCAUUGGAGUCGGAGGUGGUGAUGGUGUUGAAUAAAGAAAAAAUUGUAAUUUUUAUAUAUACUUAUCAAAAGGUUCGAGUUUUAAAAAUUGUACAUUUGUUUUGAAAACCGCCCAUUGACUUGAGGAUUAAUUUAAUAAAUACUUAAGUAGUCUAAUUGAAAAUUAGGGAAAAAAUACAAUGAAUAUAGCAAACGACUCCAUGUUAUUAUUAAAAAAAGUAUUUUGAAAAUUUUGUUGAAAGUAUUUGAAACAUUUAGGAUUUGAAAAGGAUUUUGAAAAAUUUGUAAAAUGUUUUAAAAAUGUUAUCAGGAGAAAAAAAAUUGAAAAAAUUAUAAAAAAAAGUAUUUUUGAAAAUUGUCUUAAAAAGUAUUAUUUGGCCAUAAUUUCAUUUGAAAUUUAUAUUUAAAUUUAUGCACAUAAAUGAAAACAUUUUAUUUUGUAAAAAAUGAGUUUCUUUUGGGAUGUAAUCUAAUGUUCCUGUUAUUUGUUAAUAAUUAACAAAACAGCUGAUUCUUUAAUCAGCUGAUCCUAACCAAAUUACAUUUCAAAGAAAUGGAUUUACUGCCACAAGUUACUUAUUAAAAUUAUAAUUUUUCAAAAUCUUUUGGAGUCUAUUGCAUUAUAUUCAUUGUUUUUUUUUGUUUCCUCAUACCAUUUUGUAUUAUAAUUGGAUCUAUCGAAAUGAUCUUAAAAUAAUGCCUACAAUUAUAUAUUUUUUGUUAUGAAAUUAUAAUUGAAAUGUGCAAUAUUCAAUGGAUCAAUUUUUUAAUAGCUAAUGUACAAACAAGGCAAAUGUUUUUUAAAAGUUUAUCAUAUGUUUUUAUUUUUUUCUAAAAAAAAUGUUUAUUUUUGCUCUCUGUUUAUAUUAUGAGUAUGUAUACUUUUACAAUAUUUUUUUUUUCUUUUAACUUUCAAUACUCUUCUCAUUUUCCGAAUAUUGUUCUUCAAUAAAAUGCUGCAUUAUAAUA